AAAAGAAGGUAGCAAGACUUUCUGAAGAAAGAAAUGCUGCCAUAAAUGAAAUUUUAGAUCUGCACAAAAAGAAAGAAGACCUUGAAGACCAGUUCAAGAGGAUGAGGAACACCAUAACUUCCCUCAUGAUGGACUAUUGGCUUCUCAAAGAGUCAUGCAAGGCAUACGAAGCGACAACUUUGGCUUCAGAGAAGAUGAAUCGUGGACUGAAGAUCAACCUAGAGAACCAGUUGAAAGACCUGGAAACGGAGGCAGAAAUCUUAAGAACCAGCCUGAAGAUGACUGCCAAACGACUGCAACAGCGCGAGGGCUUUCUACAACAGAAACUAGUGCAAGAGAAAAUUCUUCGUCAGGAGUCAGAAGCAAGACUGUACUCGGAACGUAAAGCUUCUGAACAGACCACAAAGAAAACGAACACGGACCAUGAAAAAAGAGAGAGUUCAUACAAGAACCAGAUUGAGGAACUCACAAAGGUUUUGACUAACAUGGAAACACUGCUGCACUCUGCCAAAUUUGAAAAUGAGAUGCUGAAGGAAUCCAGCAAGGCCUACCAGGCAAUGACCGUCAAUUCGGCUAAAGAAAUCCUUAGGGUCAAGACAAUCAUUGAAGAGGAGCGUAGCAGACACCAUGAAGAGAAUAACGCCCUCAAGACCCAGCUAAACAUGGUCACCAUUCAGGCUCAGGAAAAAGAGACCACCUUACAGAACAAACUUGCUCAGGAGAAGGCCCUCUACCAGGAGACAAAGGCUGAAUUAAAAGAAACUAAUUUGGAGUGGGAAGAGAAACAGGAAUUAGACAAGGCUCAGAUCAAGGAACUGUUAGAGCGACUGGCAAGUGCACAAAAUUUAGCCACAUCUACCAAAUCUGAAAAUGAAGAGCUAAAGGAGUCUUGCAAGGCCUUCCAGCUAAUGGUGAAAGAUUUGACCGAGGAGAUGCUUGGGCUGAAGGAGAACAACAUGCAGGAGCGUAGCAUCCAUCAGGAUGAGGUUCAGUCCCUCCAGAAGAAUAUUGAGAUGAUGACCAUCAAGAUGGAGGAAAAGGAGACCGCUUUACUGCAGAAACUGGCUGAAGAAGAGGCCAGGACAGCCCAAGCGAAAUUCAUACAAUAUAAAGACGACUUAAUCAAAGUGACUAAAGAUCGUCAACAUUUUCUGAAGAACGAGAUUAAACAUUUUCAGGGCAGAGCAGAGGAUAAUUUGAUGGCUUAUCGAGACACUGAGAAACAGCUAGCCAGGGAAAGGAAGAAGACAGCUGAUCUGCAGAGAAGGCUGGAUUCACUGAACAAAAAGUUGGCUGGAUGUUCCCAGACAUCCUAUUGGGCACUAGAUGCCACUGCUCAGGGAGGUUGUCAAUAUAAUUCAGAAAGAUUGGCAUUGGAUCAACACCGCCAAGAGAGACAGCCAGCCUUCAGAGCCCGUAGAGGGAAUAAGAAAUAUUCUUAUUAAAAUUAUUAAAAAAGUGAAUAUUUGUUAGUGUGAUUAUCAUUACCUUGCAAUAAUAGAAGGGAGAAAUAUAGUUCAAGAGUUAAAUAUAAUUUGGUUUAGGUAGAAAAUGCUAAUGUUUCUGGUUUUUAAAGAUACUGGUUUUAAAACAAAGUGAGUAUUACUUUACAAACAAAAAUGCUUUUGAGAAAAAGUACAUGAAAAUCAAAACAAGGACCAAAGUUUAAAAUAAAAGGUGUAAAGCAUGACCAUGCUUAAAUGAAUGACGCUUGAGUCAAUUGAAAUACAAUGUGAAGGCUCCUUUUAAACAAUAUAUACUUUUUGAGAAUGAGAGUGAGUGAAAUGCACACUAAUUAGUCCUAAAGUUGUAUACAUUUUUCUUGACUUCUGUCUGUAGGAAAGGGUUGCAGCUCUUGGUGCCUGCAGAAGAUGAGAUGUUAUGCUAAGUCCUCCUCAAAAACGCUAGCAUGGGAGCAGGCCAUGCCCCUGAACAGCCUACGUCCCUUGUAGCAGCUCUUCUACCACAAGUCAACAGGAAGCCAGCUAGACCAAUAGCAGCCAUUUCAGGUGAGCCAAUUCAGGCCAUAACAGUUGAAGUCUUUGACAACCGACAAAUUGAAAAGCUGUGUCAGUUCUGCUGUUUCAUCAGCAGAUACCGAGCCAAGGAAAGACAUUUUUAAAAAUACUCACAAUCAUGAUCGUAUUAUAUACGGUGAGCUCCAUAAUGUUUGGGACAGAGAUAUUUUGUUUUUCUGGAUUUGGCUUUGUACUCAAUUCUAGAUUUGCAAUUAAACAAUGCCCAUGUCGCUAAAGUGCAUUCUCAGCAUUUAUUACUGGAUAUUUUAAUACAUUUUGGUUUCAACAUGUAGAACUAACAGCCCUUUUAGCACCUGACUAAUCAUAAACAUGUGUGAAGUCAUUAGUCCCAAACAUUAUGGUAUCCUGAAAUGGAGGGAAUGAGUGUAUAAAAAUGUGCUGUAAUUUCUACAUGUUGAGAAUUCAGUUAAUAUAUGUGCAUUUAUAGCAAACCAUAAAAGUACAUAUAUACACAUAUAUUUUCAAAUUUUACCAGCAAUAACACAAAAAGAUGAGUUUUACUUAAAAAAAAAUUAAUCAAUACAUGGGUUUUCUUGAAAUAGCCACUUUUGGCAUCAAAUACAAUUGAACAGCAUUGUUUUAGUUGGAAGUAGAGGGGUAAUGCAAUAGAGUGAAAUUAUCUACCUUACGUUUUUUUUAAAACCAUAGGUAACCCAAACCUUCAAUUAAAAUUGCAAUAAAUACGGCAAAGAAGAAGCAGUUAGGCUAGAUCUACAGUAAACAUAUUGGACAAGAAGGAUAUUCGCAUUGAGAAGUUGCAAAGAAGCCUAUGGUUUCAAGGUGCAUUGUUCAGCACAUACUUAGAAGGGUUAGCUGAUGGACGGUAAUGUUAACAGGAGAACACCAGGAAGAUGAAAAUGCUCAAGACAUAACUUGUGUUGUCAAAUGAAAGAAACCAUCAUAAAACUGCACCACAACUACAAGAAGAACUCAAUGCAACUAGAGUUAAACCAGUUUCCCCGAUACAGUGAAAUGGCGACUAUGAUCUGUUAGUCUAAAAUGAUGUGUAUCUGUGAAAGAACCCUUUCUACGCGCUGUUAAGAAGAAGAAAAGACUCUGGUGAGUCAAGCACCAUCAACACUGGACCAAGAAAGAUUGUGAAAAGGCAGAUACACACCCUUUUUGACUAGAUGAUCGUAGUUGCCAUUUCACCGUAGUCAGAGAAACUGGUUUCUCUCAGGUUGCGAUGAGUUCUUACUAAGGUGCAGUUUUAUGAUGGUUUAUUUUGCUACGCCUCAAGAUAUUUGUGCAACUGGCACCUACUGAUGGUAAACAAACACAGAGCUCAGUUUCCCUGCCCAGAAGAGUUAUUGGGACAUAUUCCUGGAGCCAGGCCUUGGGGUGGUGUCCGCAGGCUAGCGCCUGGUGGCUGAGCAGCCCGCGUAUCUCAGCCGGGCCAAGCCCAAAAAGAUUACGUGGGACAACUGAGUAGGCCCACCAACCGCAAGGCUCAGGGAAGGGAUCGAGUGCAAUGCCGAUCAGGCAGGUGGAAGAAACAGGGUCGAUCCAGGUGUCAUCUGCCCAGACGACAGAAAGAAGGAGCCGGGGCUGGUGUGUGAGGCUGAGAGGUGCCAACUAGUUGGGCUCACCUCUACUCACAGUGUUGGCUCUGGAGCCAAACCCUGGAUCUACCCAGUUUCUGCCCCCUUCCGGAAAGGUAUUGCACCCGAUCCCUACCCUGAACCUCGCGGGUGGUGGUCCCACAUGGUUUUCCCCAUGUAAUCUUUUUGGGCUUGGCCUGGCUGAGAUAUGUGGGCUGCCCAGGCACUGGUGCUUGCCUGUGGACACCACCACCAGUCCUGGCUCCAGGGAUGGGUCCAGGUAAGCCUAUUCUGGGCAUAGUAAACUGAGCUCUGUGUUUGUUUACUAGUUUGUCUGUCCAGUUGGACAAAUAUCUUGUGGUAUAGCAAAAUAAACCAUUAUAAAACUGCACUAUAUUUAGAACUUAAUGCAACUAGAGAGAAACCACUGUCUGACUACAGUGAAAUGGCACCUACAAUCUGCUGGUCUUAAAGGACGUUCAUCUGCCUUAUCACAAUCU